GCAUUUUCCUCAGGCUUUGCAGUGUUAAAUCGUCGUAGAUUUUUUUGGACUGUUUUUUAUUGCUCUGUCGAUUGUCGAAAGCUAUGAAGAACAAUUAUUUUGCUGCAGUAUUUCGAUCUAAGUUAACUAAAAAACCCCUUGGUUUAUUCAAUGGCGACGGGAGAGAUAUCGUCGUUGCCACUUUUUAACAGUUACGCUAUCCAGGAGUUGUUUGCAUCUGAUUAUCCCAAGGGAAUGUCGCGUUCACAGUGCGGGUCCACAUUACGGAAGUUCUGGGCAGGCUUAUUUAAGAUCUGGAGCUUCUUUGUCUAUAUCUUCCAGAAACAAUACAAAACGAUUGUGCAGCACCAGACUGUCAAGUACCCCGUUGCUCCUCUUUCCCCCUUAACUUCUCAGAGACUCUUAUCCAUCAGGCACAAGAUUCUUGUUCUCGAUUUGGACGAAACGUUAAUCCAUUCCACGCAUGAUGGCGUUUUGCGACCAAACAUGAGGACCGGAAACAGACCUCCAGAUUUUGUUUUAAAAGUCGUAAUCGAAAGGCAUCCAGUGAGCUUCUUCGUUCAUAAACGGCCACAUGUGGAAUUCUUUUUGCAGACUGUCAGUCAAUGGUACGAACUCGUGGUUUUCACCGCAAGCAUGGAGAUAUACGGCUCAGCGGUUAGCGACAAGCUUGAUGGUGGACGCAAUAUCCUAAACCGACGCUACUUUCGGCAGCACUGCACCCAGGAUUCAAGUGGUUAUACCAAAGAUUUAUCGUCCAUAUCUUCGGAUUUAUCGUCGAUUUUUAUUAUCGAUAACUCUCCCAUCGCAUAUAAAGGGUUUGUUCAUAAUGCGCUGCCGAUAAGCUCGUGGUAUUGUGAUCCGAAAGAUAUGGCCCUGCUGGAUUUGCUUCCAUUUUUGGAUUCGUUGCGGUUUACGCGCGACGUUCGAACUGUCCUUAGCAGGCAUAAAAACAUAAAUUAUCCGUUGAAGUCUCCCAUUAAGACGGUGGAGUAUUCUUAGUAUUUUUGGGACUGUCGGUCCUGUGAACCUGAAAUAAGAUUGCCUCCAGCUCCCAAAUGUUCCGACGCCGCGUUGGCAUUAUUUGAAUCAGUCCAUCGUUUUGACGUCGUACGUGAUCGCCAGGGUCAGCAUCGUGGAUGGAUCAUGAGAAAUGAUUGGUUAUUGCGUGCUGGAUUUUAUCCCUUAUUUAAUUGAUUAUUAAUUCUGUAAUAAUUCGCUAACCGGUUGAAACUGUUCUUUCUUCUGAACUUGUUACUGUAUUCUCCUCACGUCAGUUGUAUGCGCUGACACAAGAUUUUUAUUAUCAUCGUACAGAGAUCAAGCUGAUGUCAGUGUUACAUUAGUAAGUUUUCGUACAGUAAGUUCUUUUAGAAAUGUUGCUGUAAUCUGUAUUUAUUUGUUGCCAAAUCACGCUAAUAUGUAAAUAAGAUUGUAAAUAAAGAAAUCGGCAUUG